UUCAUUCUUUUCCUCCGCUGGGAAAUUGAAAUUAAAAUGCUGCUUGGGAAACUGAAACCUAAAAAUAAGAUAUAAAGGACUGGGUCAAUAUUUAAUAGCUGGAAUGUGUGGACUUUUUUUUAAGCCAGUGUACAAGGAGCAGCUCAGGAAGGUUUCGGCAAGUCCUUUAAGUGAAUGAAGCGUACUAGCUUCAUUUAUUAAGAAUAACCUUAUUUUGUUUCCUCUGUUGGUUUACAAGGUACCAGGUGCAUUCACAGCAACGAUGGGACUGCUAACUGGGGUUGCCAUUGGGCUUGGAACUGCCUUCAUCGGUGGUCCAUUGGCACUGAGUGCCGUGGGGUUCACGGCCACUGACAUUGCUGCUGGGUCACUGGCAGCGAAGAUUAUGUCAGCCGCAGCCAUAGCCAACGGUGGUGGUGUGGCCGCUGGAAGCCUUGUUGCCCUUGCGCAAGCAGCUGGGAUGGCAGGCCUUUCUGUCGCUACCAAAGCUGCGAUAACAGCCAUUGGUACAGUGGUGGGGCUCCUGCUGUAAGAAAUGUCUGGAAAGUUCACGCUAUCUUUAAGAAGACUAGCAUUUAAAUACAUAUUUGUGAACUAAUAAGCUUAAUUGCUACUAACCAAUAAUUGAUUUAUGUCAAUCAUACUCUGAAUAAAAUAAUUUCACAA